AUGGCCGAGACAAGUUUCGAGGCAGUUGAUGACACUUUGCAUCUUCCACGAAUCCUUUGUUUUCACGGCGGAGGGUCUAAUGCUCUCAUCUUCAAAUCCCAGUGUCGCCGGCUCAUUGCCCAACUUCGAUCCGAAUUCCGAUUUGUUUUCGUACAAGGACCAUUUUUAUCUGAUGCUGGGAAUGAUGUGAUGUCGGUGUACAGUCAAUGGGGUCCGUUUAGGCGUUGGCUCCGUUGGCGCCCCGAUCACCCUGAGAUCCGGCCGGAAGAUGCCAUCCGAGCGCUCGACGACAGUGUGGAGGACGCCAAGCGCCAAGACGAUGCCAAAGGAGCUACAGGAUUGUGGGUGGGAUUGCUUGGAUUUAGCCAAGGUGCCAAGAUCUGCGCUAGUCUCCUCUACCGCCAGCAAGUCCGACAGGAAAUAUCGGGAAGACCGUUCGCCGGUUCGGAUUAUCGUUUUGGAGUUCUGUUGGCUGGCCGUGCGCCGUUGAUAUGCUUGGAUCUGGACCUGGAUCUGGAUUCAUCCUUGCCUGAUGUGUCGCAGAUCACGGAUGCAAAGUACCACGGUCCGAGCCGGGACGUUCUACGCAUCCCCACUGUACAUGUACAUGGCAUGUUAGAUCCGCAUGUGGAUCUUCACCGUCAGCUGUUUGAAGAGUUCUGUGCUCCGGAGAGUAAAAGGCUGGUAGAGUGGGAUGGCGAUCAUCGGGUUCCGCUGAAGUACAAUGAUGUUUCGCUCGUUGCCUAUCAAAUUCGAGAACUUGCAAUGCAGACAAAUGCUCCCUAG